CGGUCCUUCGGUUUGGGCACUACAAAGCUAGGUGCUAUGCUUUUGUAUGGUGGAGUAGACUUAGAUGAUUGAAUAGUGCACUAUAAUCAUCAUGGGCUGGUUUAAACUGAACCAACUUGAUCAAUAGGUUGGCUACCCUCUGGUGACUCUUCUUCUCUGUCUCGGUGAUCCUCAAAUAUUCCACCACAACUUAAGUUCUCAUAUGGAGCAAUUAUACAAACUUCUAAGAGACAAGAACCAUCGUUUUAUGGCCUUGGACUGCCUUCAUCGAGUUCUAAGGUUUUACUUGAGUGUUCAUGCUGCUAACCAGCCACCAAAUCGUAUAUGGGAUUACUUAGACAGCGUGACCUCUCAACUCCUAACUGUUCUGAGGAAAGGGCUGCUAACUCAGGACGUUCAGCAUGAUAAACUUGUUGAAUUUUGUGUGACUAUAGCAGAACAUAACCUUGACUUUGCCAUGAAUCAUAUGAUAUUGGAAUUAUUGAAGCAAGAUAGCCCAAGUGAAGCGAAGGUUAUUGGUCUCCGUGCUUUGCUUGCCAUCGUCAUGUCGCCUUCAAGCCAACAUGUUGGCUUGGAAAUAUUUAAGGGUCAUGAUAUUGGUCACUACAUACCAAAAGUGAAGGCUGCAAUUGAAUCAAUUUUAAGGUCUUGCCACAGGACCUAUAGUCUGGCUCUUCUAACUUCCUCAAGGACCACGAUAGAUGCUGUAACUAAGGAGAAGUCUCAAGGAUACCUCUUUUGGUCAGUGCUAAAGUGCAUACCUUACCUGAUAGAGGAAGUUAGCCGAAGUGAUAAGAUUACAGAAAUAAUACCGCAGCAUGGCAUCAGUAUUGAUCCUGGUGUACGAGAAGAAGCAGUACAGGUACUGAACCGGAUUGUAAGAUACAUUCCUCAUCGUCGUUUUGCAGUUAUGAGAGGAAUGGCCAACUUCAUUCUCAGGCUUCCUGAUGAAUUCCCUCUUCUCAUUCAAACAUCGUUAGGACGUCUUCUUGAACUCAUGCGGUUCUGGAGAGCUUGUCUGAUUGAUGAUAGACUGGAAAAGGUUGAUGCUGAAGAUGGAAAGCAAGUGGGGCAGGGAAAUGACAGAUUCAGGAAAUCUUCUUUCAAUCAACCAGUAGAUGCAAUUGAGUUUCGAGCAUCAGAAAUUGAUGCUGUGGGGCUCAUCUUCCUUAGUUCUGUGGAUAACCAGAUACGGCAUACAGCCUUGGAGUUAUUGCGCUGUGUACGUGCUUUGAGAAAUGAUAUACGAGACCUUACAAUUCGAGAACAGUCAGAUCAUAACAUAAGAAAUGAAGCUGAGCCCAUAUUUAUAAUUGAUGUUCUGGAAGAACAUGGGGAUGACAUUGUUCAGAGUUGUUACUGGGAUUCCGGCAAGCCUUUUGAUUUCAGAAGAGAGUCUGAUACAAUUGCUCCUGAUGUGACUCUUCAAUCCAUAAUAUUUGAGAGUCCUGAUAAGAACAGAUGGGCUCGAUGUCUUAGUGAGCUUGUCAAAUAUGCUGCUGAGCUUUGCCCAGCAUCUGUUCAGGAAGCAAAGGUAGAGGUUCUACAACGUCUUGCACAUAUUACACCUGUUGAGUUGGGUGGAAAGGCUCAUCAAUCACAAGACACAGAGAACAAACUGGAUCAAUGGCUUAUGUAUGCAAUGUUCAUAUGCUCUUGUCCACCAGAUGGCAGAGAAGCUGGUAGCAUAGCAGCUACCAAAGAGAUCUACCAUCUGAUUUUCCCCUCUCUGAAAUCUGGGUCAGACACACAUAUCCAUGCUGCCACCAUGGCUCUUGGUCAUUCCCAUCUGGAAGCAUGUGAAAUCAUGUUCGGGGAGCUAGCAUCUUUCAUUGAUGAAGUUUCUUCAGAAACAGAAGGAAAACCAAAGUGGAAGAUGCAAAGCCAAAAAGGGCGCCGUGAAGAACUUCGCAUGCACAUUGCAAACAUAUAUCGAACUGUUGCAGAAAAUAUCUGGCCUGGAUUGCUUGGCCGCAAGCCAGUCUUCCGUCUACACUAUUUGAGGUUUAUUGAAGAUACAACAAAGCAGAUUUUAAUGGCACCUCCUGAUAGCUUUCAAGAAAUGCAACCUCUCCGUUAUGCACUUGCUUCUGUUCUAAGAUCUCUUGCUCCCGAAUUUGUUGAGUCAAAAUCUGAGAAAUUUGAUCUGAGAACUAGGAAGCGACUGUUUGAUCUUCUUCUUUCCUGGUGCGAUGAUACGGGUAGUACAUGGGGGCAGGAAACUGUAAGUGAUUAUCGGCGUGAAGUUGAGCGGUACAAAACUUCACAGCAUAAUAGGUCAAAAGAUUCUAUAGACAAAAUAUCUUUUGAUAAGGAACUAAGUGAACAAGUUGAGGCAAUUCAAUGGGCCUCCAUGAAUGCUAUGGCAUCACUUUUAUAUGGCCCUUGCUUUGAUGACAAUGCUCGAAAAAUGAGUGGUCGGGUAAUAUCUUGGAUCAACAGUUUGUUCAUUGAACCUGCACCAAGGGCUCCAUUUGGUUACUCUCCUGCUGAUCCAAGAACUCCAUCUUAUUCAAAGUAUACCGGAGAAGGUGGACGUGGAGUUGCUGGUCGUGAUAGGCAUAGAGGUGGUCAUCAUCGUGUUGCUUUAGCAAAAUUGGCUUUGAAGAAUCUUCUUCUUACGAAUUUGGACCUGUUUCCUGCUUGCAUUGAUCAGUGCUACUACUCUGAUGCUGCUAUAGCUGAUGGAUACUUCAGUGUACUGGCUGAGGUGUACAUGCGCCAAGAGAUACCAAAGUGUGAAAUUCAGAGGCUCUUGAGCCUGAUUCUUUACAAGGUAGUUGACCCUUCUAGACAAAUCCGAGAUGAUGCAUUACAGAUGCUUGAGACACUUUCAGCCCGUGAGUGGGCAGAGGAUGGUAUUGAGGGCUCAGGACGCUACCGAGCUGCUGUUGUGGGUAAUCUUCCUGAUUCCUAUCAACAGUUCCAAUACAAGCUCUCUUGCAAACUUGCAAAAGAUCACCCUGAGUUGAGCCAGCUCCUUUGUGAAGAAAUCAUGCAGAGGCAACUGGAUGCUGUUGAUAUAAUUGCACAGCAUCAGGUCUUGACAUGCAUGGCUCCAUGGAUUGAGAACCUCAAUUUCUGGAAACUCAAGGACUCAGGCUGGAGUGAGAGAUUAUUAAAAAGUCUUUACUAUGUCACAUGGAGGCAUGGUGACCAGUUCCCUGAUGAAAUUGAGAAACUGUGGAGCACAAUUGCAAGCAAGCCUAAGAACAUUAGUCCAGUUUUAGAUUUCUUGAUCACAAAAGGAAUUGAAGACUGUGAUUCAAAUGCCUCGGCCGAAAUAAGUGGUGCUUUUGCUACAUAUUUCUCUGUUGCUAAACGGGUGAGUUUAUAUCUAGCACGGAUAUGUCCACAACUUACAAUUGAUCAUCUGGUUUACCAAUUAGCACAGAGGAUGCUGGAAGACAGUGUUGAACCAGUUGGAGCAGGUGCAAACAGGGGUGAUUCAAAUGGAAAUUUGGUGUUGGAAUUCUCUCAGGGCCCUGCAGUGCCCCAGGUUGCAUCUGUUGUGGACAGCCAGCCACACAUGUCACCCUUGCUUGUUCGGGGUUCCCUUGAUGGUCCACUUAGGAAUACUAGCGGCAGCCUGAGCUGGAGAACAGCAGGUGUGACAGGACGAAGUGCUUCCGGUCCCCUUAGUCCAAUGCCUCCUGAGUUGAACAUUGUUCCUGUAACUGCAGGCCGUUCUGGCCAGCUCCUUCCAGCCUUGGUAAACAUGUCUGGGCCUUUAAUGGGGGUUAGAAGUUCCACAGGAAGUUUGAGGAGCCGCCAUGUAUCACGGGACAGUGGAGAUUACCUCAUUGACACCCCAAACUCUGGUGAAGAUAUGUUGCAUUCUGGGGUUGGCACACAUGGUGUUAAUGCUAAAGAACUUCAAUCAGCCUUGCAAGGGCAUCAGCAACAUUCGCUUACUCAUGCAGAUAUAGCCUUGAUUCUUCUUGCAGAGAUAGCAUAUGAGAAUGAUGAAGAUUUUCGGGAACACCUGCCUCUUCUUUUUCAUGUCACCUUUGUUUCAAUGGAUAGUUCAGAAGAUAUUGUGCUUGAGCACUGCCAGCACUUGCUUGUCAAUCUCUUAUAUUCACUUGCUGGCCGGCACUUAGAGCUGUAUGAGGUGGAAAACAGUGACGGAGAGAACAAGCAGCAGGUUGUCAGCCUGAUAAAGUAUGUCCAAUCAAAGCGAGGGAGCAUGAUGUGGGAGAAUGAGGACCCAACUCUUGUGAAGACAGAACUUCCUAGUGCAGCGCUGCUUUCUGCCCUUGUUCAGAGUAUGGUUGAUGCCAUCUUCUUCCAGGGAGAUCUCCGAGAGACUUGGGGGGCUGAAGCACUUAAAUGGGCAAUGGAAUGCACUUCAAGACACCUUGCCUGUCGUUCACACCAGAUUUACCGUGCAUUGCACCCUAGUGUCACUAGUGACACAUGUGUUUCACUGCUCCGCUGUCUUCAUAGAUGCCUAGGCAAUCCAGUACCUCCUGUCUUAGGAUUUGUGAUGGAAAUUUUAUUGACGCUGCAAGUGAUGGUGGAGAAUAUGGAGCCUGAGAAAGUGAUACUAUAUCCCCAACUUUUUUGGGGUUGUGUUGCUAUGAUGCACACAGACUUUGUUCAUGUCUAUUGCCUGGUCCUACAGCUCUUCUCUGGUGUUAUUGACCGCCUGUCGUUCCGGGAUAGAACAACAGAAAAUGUCCUUCUCUCCAGUAUGCCUCGAGAUGAACUUGAUACUAAUGGUGACCUUGCAGAUUUCCAGAGGAUGGAAUCUAGAGGCUAUGAGGUAACACCAGCUGGUGGGAAUCUACCAAAAUUUGAAGGGGUUCAACCUCUUGUGCUGAAGGGACUAAUAUCAACUGUUAGUCAUGGUGUCUCCAUUGAGGUCCUUUCACGCAUUACAGUACACUCUUGUGAUUCUAUAUUUGGGGAUGCUGAGACAAGACUCCUGAUGCACAUUACAGGCUUACUUCCCUGGCUUUGCUUGCAGCUUAGCAAGGAUACAGUGGUGGGACCUACUUCACCACUCCAACAGCAGCACCAAAAGGCUUGUUCUGUUGCCGCAAAUAUUGCCAUCUGGUGUCGAACAAAAUCACUUGAUGAGUUAGCUACUGUCUUCAUGGCCUACUCUCGAGGUGAGAUCAAAAGCAUCGAUAAUCUACUUGCUUGUGUCUCACCACUACUAUGCAACGAAUGGUUCCCCAAGCAUUCAGCUUUGGCUUUUGGGCACUUGCUACGGCUGCUGGAGAAAGGACCAGUUGAGUAUCAACGAGUGAUAUUGCUCAUGCUUAAGGCACUGCUCCAGCACACUCCCAUGGAUGCUUCUCAAAGCCCGCACAUGUAUGCAAUUGUGUCCCAGUUAGUUGAGAGCACUUUGUGUUGGGAGGCACUUAGCGUGCUGGAAGCCCUUCUGCAGAGCUGCAGUUCAUUGACGGGGUCCUACCCUCAUGAUCCUGGGUCGUAUGAGAAUGGAACUGAUGAAAAGAUCCUAGCUCCUCAGACCUCAUUUAAGGCUCGAAGCGGGCCCCUACAAUAUUCCAUGGUUUCAGCUAUUGCUGGAGGUACAGCACUAGCUAACCAAGGGGUCUCGACUGAGUCAGGGGUGUCAUCUAGAGAGGUAGCUUUACAGAACACACGUCUGAUCCUGGGGCGGGUUCUUGACAGCUGCGCACUUGGGAGGAGAAGGGAUUAUAGAAGGCUAGUACCUUUUGUGACCACAAUUGGGAAUCCAUGACCGGGGUUGACAUUGCUUGCUGUAUUUUUGAUGGAGCAAUGGAGGAGAAUUUGGGGCCCCUGGUUCUGUAUAUAGACACAUGAUAAAUUAUGGUUUUAGUUAGUAGAAUCUUCCUUAGAGUUUCAGCACCCCAAGCCCUUUUCUCUCAAGUUAAAUAGUUCCUCACCUUUUCUUUUUUUUUUUUGGUUUUAUAUUUUCAUGUUUUGUAGGAACUGUCUGCUGCUCUGUCCAAUUUGGUUUUCUCUCACCUCUGCAACUAAAUACAAUCGGGUGAAUCUUAUGCAGUAUCUGCCAAUUGUACAUUCUUCGAAUCCUGUUUAGGAGAUUAGAUUUUUAUGCCUGUGAAGCAUGUUACUACAAUUAUGUAAAGUGUAACUAUACCAGCCUGUCAAUUUCUAUUUAUAACACUUACAUCAGAAACUCUCUCAAGUGA